GUUGUCUCUGAGGCUCCAGUGACAUGGUUGCAGCUGAGCAUGGUCCUCUCAGCUUCUGUGCCUACUGCCGUGGCCUUGGUGGCAGGCACCCUCCCUCCGGGGUCAGCCCAGGGCUCUCCCCACCCAUGCAGUCCCUCACUCCCACCAGUGAGGGACUCAGUGGCCCCCUUUUGGCGGCCUACUCUCGUCCCGCCUUCAAAUUCCAGCCUCGAAGAGAAAGUGUAGACUGGAGGCGCAUUAGCGCCCUGGACGUGGACCGCGUGGCAUGGGAGCUGGAUGUGGCCACCCUGCAGGAGAACAUUGCCAGUGUCACCUUCUGCAACUUGGAUGGGGAGGUGUGCAGCCGCUGUAGGCAGCCGGUGGACCCGGCGCUGCUCAAGGUGGUGCGGCUGGCACAGCUCAGCAUCGAGUACCUGCUGCACUGUCAGGAUUGCCUGAGCACCAGUGUAGUCCAGCUAGAGGCACGGCUGCAGGCCAGCCUGGGCCAACAGGAGCAUGGCCGCCAGGAGCUGGGCCGCCAGGCUGAUGAGCUCAAGGGUGUGCGGGAGGAGAGCCGCCGGCGGCGCAAGAUGAUCAACACCCUGCAGCAGCUGCUCCUGCAGACAGGUGCCCAGAGCUACCACACGUGCCACUUGUGUGACAAGACGUUCAUGAAUGCCACCUUUCUCCAGGGCCACAUGCAGCGCAGGCAUGCGGGCAUGGUGGAAUGUGGAAAACAGAAGAAUCAGGAGCAGCCCAUAGAGGAGGUGUUAGAAGAGCUGCGGGCCAAGCUAAAGUGGACCCAAGGGGAACUGGAAGCCCAGAGGGAGGCAGAGAGGCAGCGGCAGGUCCAGGAAGCAGAGAUCAUGCGUCAGAGGGAAAUGGAAGUUAAGAAAGAAUUUGAUGAAUGGAAAGAAAAAGAGCAGGCCAAAUUAUAUGAGGAAAUAGACAAGUUCAAAAAAUUACUUUGGGAUGAAUUUAAAAGCAUUAGCAACCAAAACUCUGCACUAGAAGAGAAGCUGCAGGCACUGCAGUCCUAUGGUGUGAUGAAGUCCAACCUCGGGUCCCUGCAGGAUGAGGAGCCCAAGGAGCAACUCAUGCAGGCUCAGGAGCUGCAGGCCUUAAAGGAGAAGAGAACAGAAUGGAAGAGGAAAAUGAAGGCCCUGAAGGAAAAGCAUAUAGCUCAGAAGAAGGAGGUGCAGGCCCUAUGGGCACUGGAUACCCAAAGGUCCCUUCUGUGCCACCAGCUGCAGGAGCAGGACAAGAAGCUCCAGGAGCGGGACCAGAGGCUCCAGGAACGGAACCAGACACUCCAGGAGCAGAAGCAGACGCUCCUGGAGCAGAAUGAGAUGCUCCAGGAGCAGAACGAGAGGCUGGAAAAGCAGAACCAGAGGCUCUGGGAGCAGAACAACAAGAGGCUCCAGAAGCAGAGGAAAGCAGCUGCUCAGACCCAGCACCAGAUCACUGCCCUCCAUGCCCAGCUCCAGGAACAAGCGAGGCGGAUCGCCGCCAAUGAGGAGAUGAUCCAGACCAUGUCUCUCAAGAAGGUGGAGGCUGGGGAUGGGUUCCAAAGCCCUGGAGCCACUAAUCACUCCUUAGAGAUCCGCAAGGAUCAGAAGACUGAGGACACAGAAGAGGACUCUUCUAAGAAAGAGCUGGAAGACCACCUCAGGGCACAGCGGCAGAUGCUGGCAGUUCUAAAGCACAACCGCGUCUUGCUGAACCAGUUCCGGUCAGUCUUGGAGGAAGUCCUGGAAGAGAGGCUACAGAGCAUGGGGAUAAAGAGAGAUGCAAAAGGAAUCUCUGCUCAGACCUUCGGACACCUGGAGCCUCUGGUACGAGCCGGGCGAGAGCAGAAGGCACGGAAGUUUCCUGAAUUUCUGAGUCUAAGGAAGAAGUUCAUCAAGGUAGUCACCAGGAAAGUGAAGGAGAGACAGAGGAGUGGGUCCGCAGUGUCCCAGCCAGAUGGCAAAGCUCCAGUCAAAAAUCCACGGAACCCUCUGGUCAUCAAAGAGGCCCACCCAAAGGCCAGGACCCAGCAUGUGGCAUUGCCAUCCAAGCCAGCAGAACCCCCAGUGACAACUCUUCAGAGAGGUGGUAACCCAAGGCCCACCCCUGCUCCACGCUCCAGAGCCCCCAGACCCUCGGGCACACCUGCUUGCCCAGGGCCUGGGCUGAGAUGACUCCUGGCUGGCAUUCGGGGCUGAUGACUACCGGCUAGGAGCAGGGCUGGCUCUGGGCAAACCAAACAAGAUUGCAAGUGGUGGAGCAUGUGGCUUUUACCGUUUCCUGGCCCGCGCACCCCUCACAUCUUCUGCU